AUGGAAAGCUCAGAUUCCGACGAUGAAGAAGACAGAGUUUCGGUCCGACACAGCAGUCAGAUAGACCGAUUGGCUCGAGAAGAUGAUUACUACCGAUUCCUAACUGAUCUGAAUGAAGAUUACAUACGCAUGAGGGACAACAAUUUGCUCGGCCCCCUAGGUGAAAGUACGGAAGAAGAGUUGCAGAAGAGGCUUCAAAUAAUGAAAGAAAACCUACAACGAAACUCAGAUGAAAAUACAGAUAGAGGAGAUGCUUCAGAUGAUGUGUCUAGUGAUGACUCUCUUCUAGACUGGCUUACCACUUUCAGACAAACUGAAAAUGUGACAAGUGAACAAAAAGAAAAUCAGUCUUGGAGAGAACAGACCCAAAUUAGUGCUAACAGUGAUGAGUUCAGAUUCAGCUUAGAAAUAAAUCUUGACCUUGAUGAUAAAAACUCAAAUCCAGAGAAUGAAUGUGUAGCAUCUGCAAAACUUCCCAGAAGAGAAGAUACGGAAGACAGCCAAAGGCAAGUGGAAAAUCCACACUCUGAGUCACUAUUUACAAGACCAUCUACAUCAGAACAAGAUGCAAUGGAAACAUUAAUGGAAGUCCCACCAACUAGAAGUCAGAGAAGAGCAAAAUAUAUGAGCCCAAUCUCUCGGAGAACCAGAGCAAGGACUGACAGUUCGGCACCUUCACAUUCACUGUGGGAAAUUUUUCAAAGAAUGAAUGAAGAUAUACCACCUCAGACUUUUAAACAACCUCUCAUAAGUGAGAAUGAUACAUUUUCUAGAACUGGGCAUGAAGGAACAUUGAGACAGCAAAUGCCUGGUCAUGAGUUGCAAAAUAAGGGUCUUAUUGAAACUUCUAGAACUAGGAAUGCUGUUCCUGGAGAAUGUUAUUCAGACACAAUGGGCAGUAGUGAAUCUUUGGAAGUGAGGGAAACAAAUUCAACCACACCCUUCAGUCUUGAAGUAGGACGAGUUCCUUGUCCAGUUCAUUGUCGAGCAUGUUCUCAGAGAGACAGGAGAGUUAGUAGUACUCAGUUAACAUCUGACUCACCAAACAACACUACCACUUCCGAAAGUGAGCAAGAAGAACUGAAGCCAAUGUUUUCACAUUCUGAAGAGGCCAAUGAGAGUGCUUAUGUCAAUACCAUCAGAAAUCCUGUUCACAGAAUUUUAAAUACUAGCUUAAGUGAUACAACAUCUGUUCCAACUCAGAGUACAUUAUGGCAGACAAUGACAGGAUUUAAUAACUCAAGUAAUCUUAUGGACAGUGGCAGUAAUUUAGAGCAUAGUGUCUCACCUCCAAGUGAAAACAUGGAAAGGGCAGAGUCACCAAAUGAAAGAAAUGGACCUAGUGGUAGUAGUUGCAGACCUAGCUCUGCUUCAAAUGCUAGCUAUGAUCCUGAUUCAAAUUUCACACUGAUUUCAGGUUCAAUCCCCAAUUAUAUAUCUAGCUCCCAUUCUACUCCUAUGUCCACUUCUAGCUCAAGUGAUGAAGAUUCAGAAAUUAGCUCACAGGUGUUUGAAGACAGUGAAGAAAGAAGCUUAUCAACAGGCUUAUCAGAGACCAGGCAAGAAGGUAGACGAAUGACCCCAAUAAUAUUUGAUGAUAGUGACUCUUGGUCCUCCCUUAAUCUGGAUCAGUUUUUCCUACAAAAUGAAGAUGACCCAUAUGAACCAACAGGACUUACCAAAGCACAGAUUGAGAACUUGGCUUUAAGAUCUUUUGGAGAGAAUGAAGCAUUUAAAGCCUGUAGCAUUUGUAUCACAGAGUACACCGCAGGCAACACACUAUGCAUCCUACCUUGCUCCCAUGAAUAUCAUGAUCACUGCAUUGAUCACUGGCUGGCUGAGCACACAACCUGUCCUAUUUGUCGUGGGCCAGUAGUGGGUCCCUCUGAGGCAGAUAAUUCUAUGUGA